UAUUGCAAGUUGCGGUCACGUAGAACAGUCAGCACUACAAAAAUAUAUUUCGUUUAAUUCUUUCAUUUUGUUGAACUACAAAAAUAUACCCUGGAAAGAAACGCCAACUAGGCAGCAGCAGCAACAGCAGCAGGCUCAACAGCUUCAACACCAGCACACAGCAACAAUAAUGGGCACGUCACCGGUCUUGCUAAUUUGUUUAUGUCUGCUCGUCAGUAGCUGCUACGUGUCGGUGUCGGCCGACGAGCACAAUCACAAGUACAAUGAUCGAGAGGAGGUCGUCUUGUGGAUGAACACGGUAGGCCCGUAUCAUAAUCGUCAGGAGACCUACGCCUAUUUCUCACUGCCUUUCUGCAGUGGCGGCAAAUCGAGCAUCUCGCAUUACCAUGAGACGCUCAGCGAGGCGUUGCAGGGCGUCGAACUGGAGUUCAGUGGCUAUGAGAUGGAUUUCAAGACGGAUGUGCCACGUUCCGUGCUCUGCAUGGUCGAGCUGACCGAGGAAAGUGUCAAGGCAUUCACGUAUGCCGUAAUGAAUGAGUAUUGGUAUCAGAUGUACAUCGAUGGUCUGCCGAUUUGGGGUAAAGUGGGUGAGCGAGAUGAAACCGAUGGCAAGUACUAUAUACAUACGCACAAGAAGUUCGACAUUGGCUACAAUGGACAGCAAAUUGUGGACGUUACGCUCACGACGGAUUUGCGAGAGGAGCUGAAGCCGGAUGCCAAGAUCAAGUUCUCCUACGAGGUGAACUGGAAGGCCAGCAAGAUUGAGUUUAAGAAUCGCUUUGAUAAGUAUCUGGAUCCCAAUUUCUUCCAACACAGAAUUCAUUGGUUCAGCAUCUUCAAUAGCUUUAUGAUGGUCAUAUUUUUGGUGGGCUUGGUUUCUAUGAUUUUAAUGCGCACACUGCGCAAGGAUUAUGCGCGUUACAGCAAGGACGAGGAGGUGGAUGAUAUGGAACGCGAUCUGGGUGACGAAUACGGCUGGAAGCAGGUGCAUGGAGAUGUCUUCCGAUCGCCACCCAAUGCGCUGCUCUUCUCUGCACUCGUUGGCGCCGGUUAUCAGCUCAUCUCGGUGGUCUUUUGUGUAAUUAUGUUUGCCAUUGUCGGCGAACUCUACACUGAACGUGGCUCGAUGCUAUCGACUGCCAUCUUUGUGUACGCGGCCACAUCACCCAUUAAUGGUUAUUUCGGUGGCUCGCUUUACGCUCGACUUGGCGGCCGUUUGUGGAUACGCCAAAUGCUCGCUUCCGCUUUUACGGUGCCUGUGGCAGUCUGCGGCACUGCGUUCAUGAUUAACUUUAUUGCCAUCGGAUAUCAUGCAUCGCGUGCCAUUCCUUUUGGCACUAUGGUGGCUGUCACUUGCAUUUGCCUGUUUGUCAUCUUGCCCUUGACUCUUGUGGGCACUGUGGUGGGACGUAAUUUGGAUGGCCAACCGGAUUUCCCGUGUCGUGUGAAUGCUGUGCCACGGCCAAUACCUGAGAAGAAAUGGUACAUGGAACCAUUAAUUAUUGUGCUGCUGGGCGGCGUGCUUCCGUUUGGUUCCAUCUUUAUCGAAAUGUACUUUAUCUUCACCUCGUUUUGGGCGUACAAAAUCUAUUAUGUCUAUGGCUUCAUGUUGCUCGUGUUUACCAUCUUGACUGUGGUCACUGUCUGUGUUACCAUUGUGUGCACGUACUUUCUGCUCAACGCCGAGGAUUAUCGGUGGCAAUGGACGAGCUUUAUGGCCGCUGGAUCCACAUCGAUUUACGUUUAUGCCUACUCCUUUUACUACUUCUUCUUUAAAACCAAAAUGUUUGGCCUAUUCCAAACGGCAUUCUACUUCGGCUAUAUGGCACUCUUCAGCGGUGCAUUGGGCAUUAUUUGCGGUACCGUCGGCUAUGUGGGCACAAAUCUGUUUGUGCGUAAAAUUUAUUCCAAUGUGAAAAUAGACUAAGUUUGUCCGGCUGUAUAAUGCUAACCAAUCCUAAACCACUUACAAUUGUAUUUAUUGCAUAGUCCUUUAGUUAACCAUCUUGUGUUUAUAUAUAUACUACUAUCUCUUUUAUAUUUUUCCAAAACUAUCCUAAAUUUGUAUCCACGCCCCUAUCUCUCUCAUAUCGGACAAGUCGAAAGCGACCGCACCAAUGAUACCAAACAGCCCUCGAGCUGAGCUGAUUAUAAUUUAAUCAGAUCUGAUCUUUGUGUGUAUAUUAUACAUAUAUGUAUGUGGCACAUACUAUUUUUAGUGUUCUGUGUGAGCGAGUGCAUAUUGUAAUAUCAUCGAAUACUAUGCCUGGAAUCUUAUCAAAACAAAAAAUAACACACACACUGCAGCAGCAAUUAGUAGAGAUGUAAAAUUGCAAUUUACAAACGUGACUUCAGAUUGUUUUUUGCGCCAAUUAAGUUUAUAAAAAGAAUGCAGACCGUACGCAGAAAUGUGCUGAUUAGCAAUAGUCGAUAAUUAUUAAAUUAAUAAAGUCAAACAUAGAAAACCAA